AUGGAUGCUGCGCCCCAGGACUGGGCUCGCGGGACGGGCUCGGCAAUGAUGUCGAUUGGCGCCCAUUGCCUGUUUACCUCGAUCAGUGGACCUCCUCGCUCCUCACAAGAUCCACUCGUUAUUGUGCUCACCGGCGCGGGGGAUGUCGCAUCCUCCUACACAGCCCUCUCGGCACUUGUUUCCCGGUUGUGUCGGGUCUUACUCUACGAUCGUUCCGGGCUCGGCCGCAGCGAUCCAAGACCGAGCAUGCACAGAGCAACAACUGCUACGGCCGUUACGGCUGCCGAAGAACUACACAGCCUUCUCAUGGCAACGAAUUUGGGUCCGCCUUUGGUCCUGGUUGUGCACUCUUAUGGCGCUAUUGUUGCCCGCGAGUAUCUUCAUCUGUACGAUGAGGAGGUCUUCGGCAUGGUUCUCGCUGACGGCUCCACCGAGCGACAGUGUGACUAUUUUCGGCUGCCGGAUCCCAAUAUUAAUGCCGUUCUUGGGGAUCUCAAGGUGGCACAGGUGACCGGUCUACGAGCGGACUCGAAACUCUCCCGGGACGAAUGGCGAGUACGAGCCAUCGAUAUUGCGCAUGGUGCAGGCGCAGCACAGGUCGAGGCAGAUUCUUAUGUGCAAGUUUGUCGUACGCUCGCGGAAAAGAAGCAGUUUCAGAAUCGGACGAUGGGGGAUCGACCAGUGAGUGUGAUUCGCUGUAAUAGUGCCCGGGACUAUGAACGGAUCUAUGAGCGUGGAGUUGAGAUUGGCAAUGGGACGCCACAACAGCAGCAGGCAUUCCGGGACCUACUGGAUCGAUGGGAGGCGAUAGACAAGGAGCUGAAGGAGGAACAACUCCAACUAUCCUCGAACACGCAUCUCGUGCAUCUGCCCGACUGCGGACAUAACGUCCAUCUGGUACGGCCGGAUAUAGUGGCUGACGAAAUCCGGUGGGUGUUGGAUCAGCUGCGGAGUCCGAGGGGCGAUGCGUUGAAACUCUGA